AUCGAAGUGAACAAUGUUCAUACAUUUUGUAUGUAUCAUAUCAAACCCUGCUUAACGUUGCUUACGCACCUAUGUUUCAGUGUAUUUGAAAUUAUGGAGAAAAUUACUCUGUUCGUACUAUGAACAUCCUAUGAUUAAAGUUGUACUACACAGCUGUCAUGUUUAAAAUGUUCGAAUAUGAGUAUAAUAUAUUUCAACAUAUUACUUCAUCAAGGUUGUUGAUUACGUGAAACAAAACUGUGACAAAUCAUGUUUAAAAAGUUGACACAACAGAGAAACAUUUAAAUAAAGUGUCAACAUAUUUCAAUAUAUUUCUUAUAUGACAGAUUUGUACUAAAAUUAUAAACAUGGCACUCGUUUAUAUUGAAGACCGUGAUCCCUGGUUAACCGAAUAUGAUGCCUGUGAAAAGCUCUUUAGAGAGAUUAUGGAACAAUUCACUGAACGUAACAAACAUCCAAAAACUUCACAAAUAUAUGCAAGUAUAUCUGCAAAUAUACGAAUUCGUUUAAAACAAUAUAAUAGAGAAGUGCAACAGCUCAGAACCAAAGUAGAUAGCGCAUUAAGAUCUAAAACUAUAACUGUUGAAGAAGCAGAACGAAGGAUACGUCAAAUAGAAAUAUUGGAAAGCAGAGAUGUGCAAUUGCAGAAGUUAUAUGAUGCACGUACCAAUGAUUACAUGUACUCACGUACAAAUUUACUUACAUCAGGUGGGUCAGUUUUUGCAGAUGGAGGUACCACUUCAUGGGCAGCUGAUGAUGAUGAUGAUGAUAAACCUUUAGAUACGGAAGUAUCUGUUAAUGAUCUAAUGACUAGACAAGACAAAAUUUUGCAAGAGCAAGAUAAAGGCUUAGAAGAAUUAUGUAAAGUUAUUGCAAGGCAAAAGGAGAUUGGUCAAACUAUCAGCAAUGAAGUGGAUCAUCAGAAUGAAAUAAUUGACGGUUUAGCUAAUCAUAUGGAUAGAACAGAUGAAUCAUUGAUCAACAAGACACGUCAAGUACAGACCAUUACUGUCAAGGAUCGUACAUGUGGUUACUGGGUAGUAAUAACUUUACUUUUUAUUUCUAUUAUUAUAGUCACUUUAAUUCCGUAAUUAUUAAUAGUAUUAACUGUUGCAUAUGUACA